AUGUGGAAAAUCCAGUGAGCAAAAGCCAGUUCUACAAGAAAUGGAUUGACAGCUUCCAGUUUGUUAAAACGAAAAAGACCAACAGCUUCAGCAAAUGUACAACUUGUGUGACAUUAGAAAGGCUAAUGAGCAAAACCACCUCUUUCGAGAUGCGUGCUUUCUACAAGAAAAAGAAAGAAGAGCAUAAUAUUCGUCAAAUGUUAGAAAGGAAGUACUAUUACAACAAAAAAGACCAGGCACAACGCAAUCCAAGCCAGCACAUGUCCAUAAUUAUCGAUGGUAUGGAUCAAGCAAAGACCAAUUUGCCACAUUUUGCUGGGAGGAACCCAAAGAAUCUGCAUGCAGUGGAUCUUCUGCAUACUCAUGUCACUGGAGUGCUAAGUCACGGGCAUGGAGGGUUUCAUGCCUAUGUGGACAUUAAUGAAUAUCCUCAUGAUCCCAACUUGACAAUCAACAUCAUACUUAAAGAGCUACUACGUCAAGCCAAGGCAAAUAACAACUUCCUGCCUCCAAAUUUGUUUAUCCAAGCAGACAACUGUUGGAGGGAAAAUAAGAACCGUUAUGUAUUUGCAUUUCUGGAAUUGUUAGUGGCAGAACAGGUUUUCCAUGAGGUUCAUAUGUCCUUCCUUAUUGUUGGCCACACGCAUGAAGACAUUGAUGCAAAAUUUAGUGAGGUGUCCAGGCUGUUAAAUACUAAAGAUGCUGAAUAUUUUGAUGACUUUUUAAACGUUUUGAAAAAUGCAGAGCGUAUCACACAAUUAUUUGAUGUUAAGUCAUGGAUUGAGGGUGAUUUGAACAAAGCUGACCACAUCACCCAACCUUUGCACUUUAAAUUUGUUUCUGUGGACGGUGGUGUAAAAGUGUUUUAUAAAGGGGUUCAAUCUCAGCCGUGGUCAGCCCUUAAUGGGAACUUUUUGAAUAAAGCCCCAAGUGGAAAGCCAGAAAUAUUGAAGCCAAAUUUUAGUAAAAUUGAAAUAGAUAAAAAUGUUAAACAAAUUAAAGCUCUGAAACUAAUUUUCAAAAAGCAGGAUAGUACACAAAAGUGGCUAGACUUUUACGAAUCGCUCAAUUCCAACAUGGACAGUUUAGAUUCUGGAGUACCGGUAUUUCCUUUAACACUGCUACCAAGACAACCUAUAAGGCAGUCCUUUCCACCAGGACAAGGAAUGGUUCCUGAAGUUCGUGAACUGAUUGAAAAGGAAAACAGACAGCCAUUGGUACAGAUAAAAAAGCGAAAAACUGGAGACGAAGCUUCUGACCUCAGGGUUGCCAAAAAGAAGAAUGAUAACACUUCUGGUGGGAAAGGGUUUGGCAAAAGGAAGAGAAGAUUUAUAUAUGACACAACACUGUGCAGAUCACGACUGGUCAUGAUUACAGAUGAAGAAAGGAAGAAACAUCUGUGGAUAAAAUUCUUGAUGGACCUGUAUACUUCAUUUAUGCAGUAUAUGCACAUCUUGUUGCUCAUUUUGUAUGUGUUCUGCUGCCUUUUUGAAGGAUAUAUUUUGUUUAUUUUAAGGUUAUUGCAAGAACUUCUGCGUCAAUCUUUACUAGAACACAUGGGUUUAUUCCAACCCAGAGUUUCAUUUUAUGGUGAAAUUGGAUCAGUCAAUUAAAUUUGUUUUAGCAAAUAUACGUCUCUGGUGGGCAAAAAUAAGACACUAUUAUUGAGGUGUAGUGUUUAACAAUUUGUAUCCAGUCAAAUGUUCCUUAUUUCGCCAGUUGUCUUUAUAAUCCCCCGAAAGUAUUGAGUGAGAUGUCCUUUAUAAGCUAUUGUAACUGUACAUUUGUUCAUGUGCAUUUUUCUACCAAUUUUCGAUUUCGGUUUAGAAAUGCUUUGUAUGAACUUGUCUUCACAUAAAAAUGCUUUAUUAUGUCCCCCUUCGAAGAAGAGGGGUAUAUUGUUUUGCUCAUGUCGGUCCGUAUGUCCGUCUGUCCACCAGAUGGUUUCCAGAUGAUAACUCAAGAACACUUAGGCCUAGGAUCAUGAAACUUCAUAGGUACAUUGAUCAUGACUCACAGAUGACCCCUAUUGAUUUUGAGGUCACUAGGUCAAAGGUCAAGGUCACGGUGACCCGAAAUAGUAAAAUGGUUUCCGGAUGAUAACUCAAGAAGGCUUAUGCCAAGGAUCAUGAAACUUCAUAGGUACAUUGAUCAUGACUCGCAGAUGACCGCUAUUGAUUUUCAGGUCACUAGGUCAAAGGUCAAGGUCAUGGUGACCCGAAAUAGUAAAAUGGUUUCCGGAUGAUUACUCAAGAACUCUUAUGCCUAGGAUCAUGAAACUUCAUAGGUACAUUGAUCACGACUCGCAGAUGACACCUAUUGAUUUUCAGGUCACUAGGUCAAAUGUCAAGGUCACGGUGACCCGAAACAGUAAAAUGGUUUCCGAAUGAUAACUCAAGAACGCUUAUGCAUAGGAUCAUGAAACUUCAUAGGUAAAUUGAUCAUGAAUCGCAGAUGACCCUAUUAAUUUUCAGGUCACAAGGUCAAGGUCAGGUGACUUGAAACCGCAAAAUGGUUUCCGGACGAUAACUCAAGAAUGCUUACACCUAGGAUCAUGAAAAUUCAUAGGUUCAUUGAUCAUGACUGGCAGAUAACCCCUAAUAAUUUUCAGGUCACUAGGUCAAGGUCACAGUGAGUCGAAACAGUAAAAUGGUUUCCUGAUGAUAAAUCAAGAAUAAUUAGGCCUAGGAUCCUGAAACUUUAUAGGUACAUUGAUCAUGACUAGCAGAUGACCCCUAUCGAUUUUCAGGUUACUAGGUCAAGGUCACAGUGACAAAAACUAAUUCACACUUUGGCUGCCACUUCAACUGACAGCCCAUAUGGGGGGCAUGCAUGUUUUACAAACAGCCCUUGUUAAAAUAGAUUUUGUGAAUUUGUGAUUGCUAAUGUUUAAUUUUUAUGUCUCCGAAGGAGGGCAUAUAGUGAUCGGACUGUACGUCUUUCCGUCACACUUUGCGUUUAGGUUUCGCGUUUAGGUUUCAAAAAAUGCUCAUAAAUUCUAUGCCCCUUCACAUAGCAACUUGAUAUUUGGUAUGCAUGUGUAUCUCAUUGAGCUGCACAUUUUGAGUGGUGAAAGGUCAAGGUCAUCCUUCAAGGUCAAAGGUAAAAAAAACAUGUAUCAACGCAGCGCAGUAGGGGGACAGUGUGUUUCUGACAAACACAUCUCUUGUUUUAUGUUCUAUAAUAUGUUUGUAUGUCAGGAGAAACAAUAAAGUUUUGUUUUUACAAUACAUACUAAACUUGUGGCAGAAUUGUUUAGUAAUGAAAAUACAAAUUGCAGCAAUUGCAUCUGUUAAAGAACUUUGAAUGGUUAUAAUUGAUGUAAAGAUUGUUUUAUUGAAAUAUUUCAUUUUUAAAAUGACUUCACAUGUUGAAAAACAUGUUAUGUAUUUUUUAUAAAAAAAUUAAUUAAUUUUAGUUAGUCAUAAAAAAAUAUUGAAUCAUUCACACUCUUUUAUAAAUGUUCUGACCUACUGACUGGUGGAUUGCGAACAUAAUGGUAUACCUUUGUGUGUGUUUGUAUUUAUUAUUACAUGUUUUAUAAUUAAAAAAUAAAUUAAGAAUUAUACAUUUAAAAGUCGUUUACCUUCCAUUUUUUUCAGUGUGAUUUUUUCUGUGUGAUUAUGCAUAUCUGGAAGUGUGUACCGCUGGCUUAACAUUUUCAAAGAAUUUAUCUCUCUGUUAUUAUGAACUUUAGGGAGUUUGUACCGCCGGCGUAACAUUUUCAAAGAAUUAUCUGUCUGUGUGAUUAUGAACCUUAGGGAGUUUGUACCGCCAGCGUAACAUUAAGAAAUAUCUGUCUGUGAUUAUGCAUAGUUUGUACCGCCGGCGUAACAUUUUGUCAUUGUAGAGUUUGUACCGCCAGCGUAACAUUUUCAAAGAAAUAUCUGUCUGUGAUAAUGCAUAGUUUGUACCGCCGGCGUAACAUUUUGUCAUUGUAGAGUAACAUUUUCAAAUAUCUGUCUGUGUGAUUAUGAACCUUAGGGAGUUUGUACCGCCGGCGUAACAUUUUCAAAGAAUUAUCUGUCUGUGUGAUUAUGAACCUUAGGGAGUUUGUACCGCUGGCGUAACAUUUUCAAAGAAUUAUCUGUCUGUGUGAUUAUGAACCUAAGGGAAUUUGUACCGCC